AUGGCCGUGGUGCUGGACAGUGACUCCGGGGAAAUGGGCAGCCUCUCGGAGGCAGGUGAGUGGAAGAUCUCUUGGAGUAGACCCAGAUCCACUCCUUUGCAGGAGCCCAUAAAGCUGAUGAGAGCGAUGAAACCGAUGGCCUGGUCACCAUAAGGAAACCACACGAACCCAUGGAGUUAGAUCCAGACAAAGGCUUCCUACACACCAUGUGUUUACAAAACGUUUAGAGCACACACCACACCCUAAUAAUAAUAAUAAUGAGAACUGUAGUUUGUAAAGGGUGCUGGGAACUGUAGCACUGUAAGUAUACUCCUUUCCCAGGAUUCUUAUUGGGGAGGUGUGUGAAUGUAUGAUGGGUACCUUAAUUUGCAUUUAGUUCCCACUGAAAUCUGUGGGAAUUGACCAGAUGCCAGCCAUGGGAUAUAAGAUGGGGCACCACCACUGCACCGCCUACCAGCUGUGAUGGUGCCCACUGAAACUAGGAUUGGGCAGCGUGGCAGCAGGGACAAGGGAUGCACCGGGUUGGAAGCAGCUGCCACACACCAGUGCCUGGCACCAACAGCUACCCAGUUGGGAAGACGCAUAACCUCCUUGAGUAUGAAUCAGAAUGAAUGCUCAAUAAAGAGUGCGCCUUGUAUAACCUCCACAUUUUAACCUACUAUUUAAAGCAUAAAGAACAUUUUUUUAUAUAUAGCUCCAGUCCUUCAAGCACAUACCUUGGGUUACAUACGCUUCAGGUUACAUACGCUUCAGGUUACAUACUCCGCUAACCCAGAAAUAGUGCUUCAGGUUAAGAACUUUGCUUCAGGAUAAGAACAGAAAUCGUGCUCCGGCGGCACGGUGGCAGUAGGAGGCCCUAUUAGCUAAAGUGGUGCUUCAGGUUAAGAACAGUUAAGUACAGACCUCCGGAACGAAUUAAGUACUUAACCCGAGGUACCACUGUAUGUCUGAAAUGUUUCAAGCUGCACUGUUUCCCAGCCCAUUCAACUUUGCUGGAGCAGUCAUCAUGAGCUGGGUAAGUCAGAAAGGUCACAGUUCCCAUAUUGCUCUGAUGUCUCUCUCUCUCUCUCUCUCUCUCUCAGCUCCAUCAUCCAAUGGAGGAAGUUUCCCUGAUAUCAUUUCCAUCAGUUCUGAGGAAGAAAUGUCUCCUUCAAGAACCCUAAGGCCAAGCACAAGUAAUGAAAUUACAGUUCAAUAAGAAUUUAAAAGUUAUGACCACAGAAACAGGUUACAGAUCUGUAACAAAACUUGGUGCUGUGAAGAACAACUCCAGAAAGAAGAUUUGCCUUGUGUCCCUCUGUUUUGGUACCUUAGUGCUGUACUUCCAGAGUCCAAACUUGGCUGUGAUGACUCCUUUUCUUGUGGCAUUCCUUGAACUUUAUUUUUUUUAAAAAGAUUCUUUUAAAGCAUUUUAGCUUCUUGUAGAUUGUUAUUUUCAAAUGAUAGCACCAUACUAGAUCCUUUCAACAGUACGGAAGUGUUUCACUAGCAAAGUUGCCCCUUACCCUUGCAGCUAGUAUUGCAUAGACCUUAUAAUGUCUUUUUAUGUAUAAUUUCCCCACCCAUCUACUGCCACCACUUCUUCAUUGCAAGGAAGUCUUGCCAAUAUUCACUGCCCUAAUUUUGACAGCUAAAUUCGGUAGUCAGAGAUCUCCAGCAAGACAUUCCCCAUUUAUACCCUGGGUACACUCUUAUUUAUUCUGAUGCAUACACUGCUAAGAGCAGCCAUGUCCAAAGUCCGGUCCAGAAAAGUUGUUUCCCUUCAUUUGCAAGGAAUCGUACAAAACAAAGUGGCACUAAUAAAGAAAAGUUCCAGGGUGACAACAGAAAGCAAACUAAAAGUGUUUUUUCAGUUCAUCAAAACUAUCCAGCAAUAUCAGGUUAUAGGAAAACUGGUGCUAUUAACAGUAAUCCUUCUAGUUGGUUAAUUGGUUCGGCAACUUGACAUGUGAUGCUAAUUAUUUUCCCCAAUGCACAUGACAUGUAAUGCUAAUUAAUUCCCCCAAGAGUUAAAUGAUAACUAAUCAGAGGCAGCUACAGUUGCAAAUGGCAACAAAAUAUCUGUGAAAGGAAGAGGAGCAGGUUUGCUCAAGUGUGUUGCAGGUAGAAAUACUGUUUGUAAAGAAGUGAGAGCAGUAGUUUACUUGCUCGAAUUAACAAAUAAGAAAGUUUUGAGAAUUUAAAUUCUAGAUUAAAAUUGAUUACUUAAUUGAGAAGAGGAUUGUAACAAAAACACGGGGGCCUAAUUUGAAUAGUAGAGUGCCUAGUAUCUGGUGGGCAGACCAAAGCACUCAUCAGGAGAACUAUGAGAUUCAGACGAGGGUCAGAUGCCUUGUCAAUCCCAGCAGGUAUAUAACAGGAAGACCCGGCCUGCCCAGGCAGCUAACCAUUAGCCAUGCUGGCUGGGGGUGGUGGAAGUUGGAGUCCAACAACAUCCAGAGGGCCUCAGGGUAUCAGUCUCUAAAUACAGUGUUUGUGUUUAUAUGCAAACAUACACGUGCAGGUAUUUAUCAUCAUCAUCAUCAUUAUGUAUUAAAUUUAUUAGUCACUGUUUUGCUAAUGCAACCCAAAGCAAUUUACAAUAAAUGCUUUUGCUGAGACAUAUUGUUGCAGUUUUGCCACAUUCAAAAAUAGCCAUCAUGUACCUCACUCUGUCUCUCUGUCUCUCCCCACACAUCUAGCUGUAUCACUGGAGAAGUAUAGUUCUGCUGUAAUUUCUAUAAGUUCCGUGGAGGAAUCAAACACUCCCAAACCAAGAAGAGGUAAUCUUGUUUUCAAGAGGCACUAAAAGCAAUGCUAGCUGAAGAUUUGUGUGCCCCAGUAUAGAUUGUGUCUGCUGCGGGAAUGAACUCUUUACCUACCUGUUUGUUUCCAAUUUGCGGUACAAAAACAAGUGAAACCAUCUAAUGUUGAAGAAGGGGUUGUAGGGCGGGUUUAUCUCAUCUAGCUCUGUUCUUCCUUUGAAUGAAACUAAAAGCCUUUUUAAUUAGCAAAAGAUACGUAGAAGGAGAGUUUCAAAAUACUUCAGAAUAAUAAAGAGAAAGGGGCAAUGUAUAUAAAGAAUUGUGUAGAAAAAUAAGAUACAUCAGCUAAUUUUUAUUAAGUAGAAUUGUUCUCUGAGUCUCAGUGGUACCUUGUGCCCAUUGAUAAUAACAGGACAGGAGGUAGGGAGACCAACAGUGGAUGGAGCCAUAGCCAAUUACAGGCAGAGUUUUGUCCCAUCCUUCUUCCUGCUGAGGAGUUCAAGGUGGAGCAAUACUAAGAAGGAGGAAGCUGGCAGCCAGUACCACCUCCUGGACAGGCAGGGCAGAGCCAGCUGGUGGCAGACAGAGGUUGGUGGGCCAGUGCUGCACCUGCCAUAAUGGAACAGCCUCCACUGGUGAUCCUGAAACUUAUACCCAUUUACAUGGGAGCAAUGACAUUGAAUUUGCUGCUUACAUCUUAAUAAACUGUAUAGGAUCACACUGUUUUAAAGCAAGUAUAAUUCACAUCCCUCUCUGGUGCUGAGCUUAUUUUUAUUGUAAUCUUAGAGACGACUUUCAUGCCUGAUACAAAAACAAAGUUUUGGCUCUUUCUGAUGCUGUCUGUGCCACACGUGAUGAAUGUUGGCAUGGAAGAGCAAUCCAGUGCACAUUCUAGUCAGAUUAGAUUGUACAUUUAGCAAUGCAAGCAAGCCUGGCUUCCGAAAAGUGCCCUGAUUUUUUCCCUCCGUAGAAAACAUUGCAUAUGAAGUCAACUUCAAGGAGAGGAAUAUUGAAGGUACUUGUUGCAAUUGUUACUGCUAUAACUGUCUUUACUACAGAUAGCUAUUAGGAGGAUUUCAGUGUUUAGUCAGCCAGUGAGAUUAAUUGGUAUAAACCCCUUUGGUUGAGUGACAAAGUACUACCCAAUUAAUCAGGCUUACAUGAUAAAAACGUAGUAUGUAUGGAUUACUUAAAUCCACAUUUAUUGGGAUAGAAACUGUGUCUCUUUCAUAUACUGCUUCACAAGUCAUCCCAAUCCCAGAUUGUAGAACUGAGAAGAAAUUCAGAUUGCAUAAACGAUACUAGGCCUUUUUAGCCCUGUAUCAAUUGGGCGUAUGGACACCCUGUAUAUAUAAAUGCUUGAUUAUCCUUAAAAAAAACAACCUAGACAACUGAAUGAGAAAAUGAGAAGAGAACAGGCAUGGUCCUCCUAAGAAACAUAUUCUUUUAUAGGCAAGGAAAAGCAGCUUUCUUUGUGUGUAGGGAUGCCAUUCUUGAAAUGUUUACUUAUUGUUUGUUUGUUUGUUUGUUUGUUUAUGUCUUUUUUUCCAAGGUCAGCUUUUUUCCUCUUGCAUUAUCAGUGCAAAUCAGCAAUUAUAUUUCUAAUUUUAGUGGAAAAUAUAAUUUUAAUCAUUCCUUAUGUGUUUUAUGUAUUCUUAACCAUGUAUUGUGUAUUAUUUGAGCAAUGUAUUUUAUUUUAAGAAAUACAGUAAGCUCUGGGAAUUGAUGCCAAAAACAGUGUAAGAUGUGUAUCUUUUGUGUUUGGUAGAAAUCUGCAUAUGCUGUGGAAGCCUUGAGAUUCGCACUCAGCACCCUUUGUUUCAAGGAGGAAUGUGUGCUCCAUGCACAGUGAGUAGCUGAUUUGGGUCAGACAUGCUACACUUCCUUUAUCUAACAGGCUGGGCAACUUUUCUUUAAAAAAUAAAGGGGAAAAGAGGAAUCAAGGAAUUGCUGGAAAAGCCAGUGUUAGAUUGUCCACCAAAUUCUAAAGCAAAAAAAUUGCAUCUGUCCAAAAGAUGCUGGCAGUCUCCAGUUCAACUCUCACUUUAGCCACAAACUCCCUUGGUGGCCUUAAUUAAGAUGUUUUUCCCCGCCUCAGUUCCAUCAUCUGUUCUAGGGGAAUAAUGAUGGUCGCCAUCUUUAAAGAGUUGUUUUAAGAAGUACUGAGCUUGGAACAGCUGAAAUGCUAAAUCUCAUUAUUAACUAACUACAGUUUUCUGCUGCUGCUGUUUUAAAAGGAACAUCUUUUGGAGAGAUUUUUCCUGUGUGACAAUGAUGGGUACAAGACUGAUUGUGCCAUAUGCUGCUGGAGCAAAUCUCUCAUAAUGUGUGAUGAUCCAACCUGUAACAGGUAACUGACCUCCCAAACCACAUUCAAGUUUAUAGCAGUGCCUUUGGAUAUGGGAUUCAAAUGCUGUUGCCGUAAAACCUGGCUUCCAUAUUCAGAUAGAAUGUGCAUAUUUACCUCUCUAACAGACUACUCCCCUUACACUUGGUGGAGCAUAUCUGCAAUAUCUUCUGCCUCAGAAGUUCUAGCCAUGCCUACUCAAAAGUAUGUCCUUUUGAAUUUGAUCACACAUACUUCCAGGGAAGUGGGGUUGGGGGCACAGCCUUACAAGCCAAAGUCUGUAGUUCAGUUGUGCCUCUCGCUUUCAUAGUUGUGGAGCCCCCUGCAACACCCCCAGGCUCUGUGUCCAGUGUGAUCGAACCAGUUAAAGGUAAAGGUAAAGGGACCCCUGACCAUUAGGUCCAGUCGUGGCCGACUCUGGGGUUGCAGCGCUCAUCUCGCUUUAUUGGCCGAGGAAGCCGGUGUACAGCUUCCGGGUCAUGUGGCCAGCAUGACUAAGCCGCUUCUGGUGAACCAGAGCAGCGCACGGAAACGCCGUUUACCUUCCUGCCAGAGCAGUACCUAUUUAUCUACUUGCACUUUGACGUGCUUUCGAACUGCUAGGUUGGCAGGAGCUGGGACCGAGCAACGGGAGCUCACCCCAUUGCAGGGAUUCAAACCGCCGACCUUCUGAUCGGCAAGUCCUAGGCUCUGUGGUUUAACCCACAGCGCCACCCGCAUCCCAGUGUGAUCGAACCAGUUACACUCCCCUAAAUCCACCUCUGGUGCUUGGAUUGGGUCCCUGUGGUGCUGCAAAGGAAUGAGGUGUUCUGUGGGGCACAACUGCUCUAUUCUAGGAUGUGAAUCAUUGUGAUGCAGGGAUACAGAGUGGAGAUAAGAGUAUCAUAGAGCAACUCAUUUGAGUGUCCAGUUGCCCAGUUACCUGUGCACCAACCCUCAGCUUCAAACUUCCAUAUCUUUUUAAUCUAAGUCAGUUUUGUGUAAAUCAGGUCCUUAGCCAGGGCUCACUCAGAAAUUAUGAAUAAGUGGGAGGAAAGGAAGUGCAAGUCACCCAUACUUCUGCUUUUGCAUUGCUGGUAUAAAAUCUAACAUAGAUGCUCACAUGUUUUUCCUUGUAGUGAAAUGUGUGAGCUCUCCCCACAUCAAAAAACAUGCAGCACUCCUAUUUAGAUGCCUCUCCCCCAUUUGGAUAAUUUUCGAAACUCCAGCAAGAACAAGUCCCUGUACGAAACAGCAGCGAAUUUUUUGGAUGUAUGACACAUAUUUGAAAUGUAAAAAUGCCUUCAAAUCAUCUUUUGCUGUCUGUUUCAACAAUGCAGGUGUUUUUGUGAAGAAUGCAUGGACAGCCUCGUGUGUUCAGGAUUCUCAGACGAGAUAAAAAAGAAGUCUCCCUGGAUAUGUUUCCUGUGUGCACCACAGCGAGCAUAUGGUCUACUCAAGAGGAAGAGAAGAUGGCGUGCAGAACUGAAGCGCUUCUACGAUCAAGAGUCUGUAAGGGAAAGUUCCGUUGCCUUUUACAGAUGUAUACAGGAACAAGUCAAAGGGCUGCAGAUCCUUGUAUUAACUGGGUCACUUUUCAGCAGCAGAAGUGGGCAACCUAUGGACCACCAGAUGCUGUUGCACUACCAGUCUUAGGGUCACUGACCAUUGCCCAUGCUGGCUGGGGGUCAGGGGAAGCCAUCUGAGGUGAAAUGGGAAAUGCUGCCUCCUGCCCCCCCCCCCGUGCCCCACCUGCCACCACUACACCUUGGCAAAAUUGGCUGAAAAAGAACUACCAUAUUUUUCGCUCUAUAAGACACAUUUUUCCCCUUCUAAAAAGUAAGGGGAAAUGUGUGUGCGUCUUAUGGAGCGAAUGCAGGUGGGAGGCUCCGCUCAGCACUCCCUUUAAAGAGCCACGUGGAGCAUGUGGGGCCCCCAAGAGCCGCACACACACUCCACGCACUCUUUAAAGGGAGUGCGGCUCUUGGGGGAGCCUUAGCCUCUCCUGCGCAGCCUCUCCCGGGCAGGGGAGAAUUCAUGCCGCUGCCUGGGAGAGGCUGUGCGCGGCUAUCCCAUAAGCCAGGACAGCAAGCAGGAUCGCUGAGCUGCGAUCCCGCUUGCUGUCCUGGCUUCUGGAAUUCAGAAUAUAUUUUUUCUUGUUUUCCUCCUCCAAAAACUAGGUGUGUCUUAUGGUUUGGUGUGUCUUAUAGAGCGAAAAAUACGGUAACUUAAACUAGAUGCUCCGUUUCCAGCAGGUGGCAGCAAAACUAUUUCAGCUGACCUGAAACACUGCAUGGUCAUUUACUAAAAUGACAUUUUUAAAGGGGGCAGGGAGAGAGGACCCUGUUAAUUGGAGGUUUAUGCCAAGCAGCCCCAAUCUCUGCUUUCCUUUUCACUAGUAGUAGUGCAUAUGGAGAGGCAGAGCCACCCUCCCAACACCAGCAUCACUGCAGCUUACCUGGAGAGGCCUGGGCUGGGGUGCCAGUGAGGCUGGAGCUGUGCAGUCGAACUAGAAGGAGUACCAGAUUGACUGGUGGGGUUCCUGCAAGUCCAACCACAAGUCCCACCCCACCCCCCUUGAGGCUUCAGCCUGUCCAAGUAAGAAGCAGCAGGGCAGCUCAGCUCUUCUGACUUGGUAUUGCCAACACGGACUGGCAGCCAUCAGGAGCCCUUCCCAGACCUAUCUGAUGACGACGAGGUUUGAACAUCAAACAUUGGCCAUAUGAUGCAUGUGCUUUGGGGCCCUGACCUGUGGCCCUUCUCAUAAGCCUUUAACACCAUCCUAGAGAAAAGAAAGUCAGAGGAAGGAAGAAGAAUCAGGAAAGCCACUGCCAGUGUGAGUAGCCAGUAGUGAAUUGAACAGAGAGGCCGUUUGGCCUGCUGUAAGGCAGCUUUCUAAGGAAGUGUGUGGCAGAGGUUGGGGGGAGAGUCCUUGCUUAAGAAGAGAGCAUUUAUCCUUUGCCUGAAGGGCAAAGCAGUUGAUACAUGUUGUCCACUCAUCAGCAAUGUGGUCUCUUCCCAAUGAUAAAUUUCUAAUACCCUCCAAAGAGCUUCUCCCAAGGGAUCUAGCAAUGGGUAGUGGUGCCACAUUUGCCUUUAGUUAGACACAUUCUUGGAGAAUAUGGCUAAGUUCUUUCUCCACCGUAUGCCUCCGAAGGCCAGUUGCUGGGAACUGCAAGUUGGGAGAGUGCGUUCUACUCAGGUCUUGCUCAAGCUUCCCAUAGGCACCUGCUUGGUCUCUCUGAGAAUAGGAAGCUGGACUAGACGGGUCUUUGGCCUGAUCCAAAAGGGCUCUUCUCAUGUUCUUCUGUAUCACCAAGGAAGGCACGGUGGGCAUUUGCCAUUAGGAUGGAUCCAUGAAUCUCAAGGUCAUAUAUGUUAGGAGAACCUCAAUAGCUUAUUAUUUUGCAUGGAUUUAACUGCUACUGGCCCCAAAUGCAGGUACUGAGUAGUCAACAUUAUUUAAGCUGUGGAAAUCUUAUGGUGAUUGUUUCUGCAUUGCAUUGUUAAUGUUGUUUUGCAUUUCUUAGCCCUGGUGCUGCAGCUACCUGUGACUUAAAUAGCACCUGCAUCCCUGUUGCAACUUGAUAUCGAUGUAGUAGAACCCUUGUAUUUGUGAAUGUGCUAACAACAGAGCAUCAUUCCAUUAUCGAAAGGCUCCGAUAUGAUCAGAGUAGCAUUUAUAUAUUUCCCAGGAAGGUGGGAUAUAAAUAAUUUAAUACAGUUUAAAUAAAAUUAAUAAAUGCAUUGAUCUAUAGAGUGCUGUCAGAGCCUGUUGAUAACCAGUUAAUAAAAAGUAUUCAUGUUAAUACAUGUAAUAACUAAAAUCACAUACUACUUGUUCGACAAGUUUUGACAACAACAACAACAACAAAAGCACCUCAUGCAAACAUGUAUCUUUUUAUCAAUUGUGUUAGAACCAUCUGUGGAUAUAUCAGCCUUUGCAGACAUGGGAUAAAAAACCAGUCCGUGUGCUCUCCCUUUUUGACAAUAUUACACAAGGUACGUAACUGAGAAAUUAGGUUUGCAACAUGUUUACCCUUCCCCUUUAUCAGAGGUGGGAAACCUUUCUAGCCCAGAGGGCCAGAUUAUUAUCUCCCCGAAUUUCACAGGUAGGUGAAACUUCCUACCUGUCAGUCAUCUGAUGUCACAGUGACCAGUUUCCCCCCCACACAAGGGACUGCAGAAGUCCCAUUCAAAACACUGCUAGCAGCACCUUGUUGGAUCUCCAGAAGCUAAAUUUAAGGAGCUGGUUAAACGAAACUUCUGUAGAUUUAACAAAGCAUAGGUCAAGGCAGAGCUUUGUCAGGGGCUGGUGAAUAUUUAUUCAGAAGCAUCUCUCAAAAUGCUGUUUUGCCCAACCCUUUUAAUGAGGCUACUGAAGAUCAUCAGCUGAUUGAGCAAGGGUUCUUUGAAAGGGGCUUCUGAUAUCUGUGGCUUGGCAUAGUUGUUAGGAUGAUUGGGAGCUUAUCUAAAGAGGGGGUGCUAAAAAAAAAGUCAUUGCUUUCUGAAUGUUGCUUUUUAAAGUGGUCUUUGCUUAUAUUAAAAAUAUAACAUGGCAAUUUCUGUCCAAAAACAGCCUCAAUCCAACUAUACUUGGAUAGCUUAAAAGUCUCUCUGUUUCAGUGGGAGAUAAUGAAACAUGUGCUUUAGCUCCUCCAUUGAAACCAGUCCCAUUUAUUAUAGAAGACUGUGAAAAACUUUUUAACAUGUUUACCAACCUUCACUUAUAAGUAAGGUUUACAAAACAAAAACCAUGAAAUUAAAGCACUGCUUACAAAUUGGAGAAAAAUGGGUGCCCCUUGCCAAGUGGAAGAGAAACAGCCAGUUUGGGUGAUCUUUAUCUUAAUCCUUCCUGACUAGCUCCUUGGGUGCAUUCCAUACUAAGCAAUUAAUCAAGAAUUGUCAUCCUUCACUUACUCACUAGCUGCUGCUGCGAAAUCACUGCAUUCCACUGUUUCCUGUCUUCCCACACCCACUCUUUUUGAGACCUAAUUUGUGGCUGCUCUUUUUCCACUGAAAAGGCAAUUGCAUCACAAACCUUCUAGUAUGGACUGGCAAAGCACUAUUGAGAAACCUAAUGGGGUCUAAUCGUAAUGUGGAUUAAAAAGUUGUACCUGGUUUGAAAACCAUCAGAAAUCCCGCAACUUCCCUUGCCCCACUACUUUUCAAUAAUGGUUUGCCAGUUCACAUUUAUUCCAUUUAUUUUAGCUUAUUUUUAUAUUUGGAGCCAAAAUAGAGAUUCCUGCAAUGUUGUCCUAGGAAGGGGAACAAAUUGAGGAAGGGUGUUAGAGCCUCAGUGGUGGUAGAGCACGUGAUGUACCUGCAGAAGAUGCCAGGUUCAAUCCCUGGGAAAGGCUCCUGUCUGAAACCUUGGAGAGCUACUGUUACUCAGAGUUAAUAUUGCGUUAGAUGGCCUAGUGGUCUACUUUGGUAUAGGGCAGCUCCUUAUGUUUCUAGCCACUAUUGAUUGCACAAUUCACACAAUUAGCUGAGUAGCGAGCAAGUGCAACUGAGUUGAGUGAGGUUCUAUUUUGAGUAGACACCUGUCAGUCUGCACUAUGUUGUUGUUUUUAGUCUCCCAUCUUUUCUGUGCAAAAUAAAAUAUAAUGCACCGAAGAAAGAAAUGGUGGGAUAGUGAGAGCACAUUUGCAAGUGAUCUCCCCCAUUCCUAUAAAUUCUUGGGAAUGUUGUGGCACUAAAGAAACAUGCACAUUUUAAAAAGAGUAGUGGGAACUGCAGUAAUUUUAACCCCUUACCAGAACAAGCCUGCUAGCAAUCUGCUCUCUCUUAAAAAUAGGAGAGGAAUUUCUUUAAUUCAGAACAUCUCCCACUCUUCUCUAAAUCCAGGGAAAUGGCAGAGGGAAUCUCCAUAGUCUAGUCUAGGAGACAUUGGGAAGAGAAGAGUGUGAAGAGAAGAGAAGGCAGCCACAGCAGGAAAGAUACAGAGAAGAAGGAAAGAUGAGAAGGAAGCUCAAGUCAGCACCCAGGAAAACCUAUUCUCCCCGCCCCCACCCAAGGAGAUUGAAUGAAAAGCCUACAUUAGGAGUGAGAAGCCUGUAGCUCUCCAGAUGUUGGGGCAUAGCCAAUGAUCAAAGGUGAUGGGAAUUCUAGCCCAGCAAAAGGCAUGCCGGGGUCUACAUUUAGGUUCCAAAGUCCAACAUUGAGGGGCCACUGCAAAAGUGCCACUGCCAUUUUGAAUAACUUCCAUCCAGCACACAGUAAAGCACUUAUGAAGCAUUGUCUGCAAAACUCCUGUGUCUCCUUUAGGGCACCUCAUCAGUAAAACACACAUGUGUCGCGUUAAUAUUGGUAUUCAUUUAGGUCCUCAUUUCUAUUCUCCAGAGCUGAAAAGUUUGGGGUUUCUGGGGGAAAGCAAGGGCAAUGGGACACUGAAGUAUUUGGAUGAUGUCACUGACGUGACACGAAUACAUGUAAGUAAAUGUCACUGAACUUUGUACUACUCAUAUUUCUAAUUUUGUUAGAUGGGUAUAUUCUUUCUGCUCCUAAUAUAUUAACUGUAUCUUACUGGGAUAAAAUCAGAUUCGCUUCCAGUCAAAGAAUUACAAAUUCUUUCAUUGUUUAUUAUGUUGAAGUCAAGGAAAGGACAGUCUUGCCCCUUUAACACUGGACAAUCUGAAAACUAGUCAUAACUGUUUGAUGCUGGUAAUAACUGAAGAAAGAAUAAGACAGGGCCAGCACAGGGAGGCAGUUACCCCAGGCAGCAGAUCCAGGUCCAUGGAGUUCGCUAUUCACUACUGCACCCCUUUGCCAUGGCCAUAGACCCCUCCAUGUCUUCAGCCACACCCACAACCCUGUGGUUUUGUCCUCCCGUCCACACCACACACCGCACAUGCUGCCACGCCACUGCACUGCUGCUGCCUGCUCCUCUCUGGCCUCCUUUUUUGUGAUAACAACAUGUUAUUACAUAAAAAUGAAGUUGAAAUUGGUAGUAAAAAAGAUGAAAAUAAGCAAAAAUCUGGAAAACUCUCUAAUACAAUAACUAAGAUGCACAAAUCUAUAAACAGAACAUAUGCCACAGUAAUAUUUCUGCAAUGGAUAAAGAACUAUGCAAUAAUCUGGAUACAAAGAAACCCUCUUUACAGUGCAUGAGUUAUACUUAUGUUUAUUUAGAGCAGCGCUUUAGAUAGCUAAAAUACCAGUAUAUUAUGUUCAUCAUUCAGAUUUUCUGGAUAACUGCAAUGCCAAACACACUUCAGCUUGUUAGGCUUCUUCAGUGCAGUGGCAUAGCGUGGGUUGUCAGCACCCGGGGCAAGGCAAGUAAUUUGCGCCCCCUAACCCGGUAGGGGCAGAGAGCUGCGAGUGCGAGCGCCCCCCCGAUGUUGCACCCGGUGCGGCCGGCCCCCCCUGCACCCCCCACGCUACGCCACUGCUUCAGUGGUCUAUUUUUUUUAAAAAUAUAUACAGCAUCCUUGAUGCAUGAAUUAAGCUUAUCCCACAUUGUGUAGGUUAAAUAAAAUUAAACAGUCUGAGGAGCUGCCAAAGGGUUAAGCAUCAAAUAGCACUGUAAGGAAUUUCUUCAAGAAUAAAUUUAUUUAAGUUUAUUACCAUCAACUUCUUUGUUCAAACACUGCUGUUUAAUCAGUGUGUAAAACUGGUUCUUUUGUUUGUUUUGGAUAAAAAACAGCCUACCAGAAAUUCUGGAGAAGGAACAAGAAGCCAUGGGUUUUGAUUACAUUGGGAUGGUUAACCUGUGGCCCUCCAUAUGUUGUUAUAUUUCUGCUGUCACCAUCCCUGACAAUUGAGUAUGCAGUUGGGGCUGAUGGGAGUUGGACAGCAACAUCUGGAGGGCUGUAGAUUCUCAACAUCUGUUAUAGAUGGAUGGAAAACUGUCUAUUUUUUAUUUAUUUUUUCUACUUAACAUUCUGUGGGUAUUCUGCAUGAUAGGAUCAUUUAUCUUUUGAACUGCCCCGAGAGCUUUUAUUGAAGGGCAGUAUAUAAACAUAAAUAGGUUCAGAAAUUAAAUUUAGUAUUUCUAAUACUUAGUGGAGCACGUCAUAGUCACCCUGCGUAACACCACUGGCAAUUUAAUAGUUUUGUCAUUUGUCAGAAGAGGCCAAGCUUGGACUAAUCCAAAUAGUUAGUAGCAAUGUGGUCAAAGGUAAACUAGUUGGUAAGGUUAGGUUGGUUCUGUGGCUAGGAAGUGGUAGUAAUCCAGAUCCAGAACAGGCCCAUCAGAAUGUCUAUCAAGCAAACUGGUGCGUUUCUGAAAGGAGGAGGAGGAGAACGAGAACCCAUGUGAAAUUAACAGAUGAAAGAUGGGAUCCUGCAUCCAAACUACUGUGAUUGUUUUGUUUUGUUUAUUAGAUAGAAGAAUGGGGUCCAUUUGAUUUUAUAUUUGGGUCUACGCCACCCAUUGGAAACUCUUAUCAACAGCCCUCUGGUAAGAAAAGCAAACAUGCAUGAAACUGUAGCUCUUAUUGUGUCUCUCUGAUUCUGGUCAGUUCCAAGAGACGGACCAUUUCCUCUCCACUCUUCUCCAAAACAGGUUAAAUACUGCAGCUCCAACAUACAGUAUUUACUUGGGAAUACGUUUCACUGAUCUUGCUUCCUUAUAAAUAUUUGUAGCUAAGCUGCACAAUCUUAAGCAUGAUUCCUCCAAAGUAGGCCACACUGUGAUAAUGGGACUCAGUCCCUGGUGAUUGUGCACAGGAUAGCGGUUGGGCAGCGUGAGCCUAGGGUUCUGCAGUGUCAGCUAACAACAUCCCAAUGCGCUUCCAGUAACUCGUGGAAAGCAAAAUGAUGCAAUAUAUAUUGUACGAGCACUGAUACAGGAAACGGGAGACACCAAGAGCCACGGCUAGAGCAUGCUGUGACAGUGCUGCAUCAUACAUCAGUCACGAUCGCGGUCGCUGACUACAUUCCAUAUUAACAGCAUAUCAGAUAGGCAUGGAAAGUACCUGCCAUUUGGCGUGUGAUGUAACCUCAUCUUCUACUACCAUCUUGCUCUUAUCCACAGAGCACCACAAGGAAAAGCUGACAGUGCCUUUUCCCUGGCCUUCCCCUCCAACUGCAAUCUUGCCUCAUGAUUUUGUUCCACAGCUAGAGGCUAUAUAGCCACUAACCGCAGAACUUCCUAUAGACAGAUAUUCAGAUUCCCUAGCAGCCCAAAUACAGACAGGCACAGGUUAUACAACAAAACUCUUUUGCUGGGGUUUCCUCAAGCCAGUGGUUCAGAGGAAGUCUGUACUGACCUGCAGUAAGCGUAGGUUUCCCACUGAUCUCUGCCCUAUUGGUAUAUACUGGUAUAUCAAAAAGGAAGUGUGAGGGCUCAGACAGGGUCCUAGAGUCUUCCUGUCUGCUUCCCAAAGCUGGGCAAGCACUUACCAAGCUUUGGGAAGGAGAUAGGAGGGCUUUAGGGCCCUGCCAAAGCCUCUUGCCUCCUUCUGAAAGCCGGCUUAAGCUGGUCUUGUGAAAACUAGACGGAGGGUGUCAAAUGUUGGUCUGGUACCAUAUUACCUAGAUACGCCCCUGGCUGGAGACCUUCUUUAUACCUAAAGUGUAUAACUAAAGUGUCCAUUCCCUGUCAGCGGAUGGAUGGAGGGUGGAUGCCUAAGAGAAAGGAAAGCACACCCCUCAGGCCUUUAUAUCCUGCUACCUACCCCACCUUGCAAUCUAUCUCUAAACAUGAGACCUGUGCAGCCUCAGACUCCUGCUGUUAUAUUUGCAUGUCUUUAUAACAUCUAAUCUCUUCAGGAGUGGCCAGUUUGGCACCCAUAAGCACCCAUUUGCCUCCAGAGGCUUUGCCUGGUGCCCAGAGGUGGCUCUCUUCCCCCUUUCAGUCAUUCUUUUCUUUAAAAAGGAAGCGGGUGGGCUGGAGCACCUUAGAAAGGCAUUUUCAGAGACCAUCUUUUUAUAGCCUGUUUUCUCUUCUCCCUUCCCUUUAAAGCCUGGUAUUUUUACCAAUAUUUUCGUAUUCUUCAGUAUGUGACACCCCCGGAAAGGAUGUUUUUCUGGAUGUUUGUGGAUAACCUUGUGCUGGAGGAAGAAGACCGAGAUACAGCUUCUCGAUUCUUUCAGGUGAGUAGCAAAACAAAAUGCCUUCAAGAGGUGAAUGAAGAGAUAGUUUGCUUCACCACUCACUUGCAGACAUUACAGUCAUACCUCAGGUUGAAUACGCUUCGAGUUGAGUGCGUCCGAGUUGCGCUCCGUGGCAACCCGAAAGUAACGGAGUGCAUUACUUCCGGGUUUCGCUGCUUGCGCAUGCGCAGAUGCUCAAAAUGACGUCACACGCAUGCACAGAAGCGGUGAAAAGCGACGCGUGCAUGCACAGACGUGCCAUCGCUAGUUAGGUUUACCUCUAGAUGCGAACAGGGCUCCGGAACGGAUCCUGUUAGUAUCUAGAUGUACCACUGUAAUUUAAUACAGAUUUUCAGUGGCUCAAUUCACAGUUUGAAACAACAGUUUUAUUUUAUUUAUGUAAUUAUUUGUUGCAUUUCUAUAUCUCUUGGAGCAUCUUACUUCAGUAUUGUUCAAUCUGUAUUGGCUCCCAGAUUUUGAAUUCUGUAUUAUAUUCUAUUGGCAUCAAAUGAGAGAUUUAGUUCUAGCUCUUGAGACAUAUGUAUGGUUUUGGUCCUUUUAAAGAUGGAAGCUGUGCUCAGAUAUAAGCAGCAUGAUGACACCAUCCAGAAUGCAGUACACAUAUGGAGUAAUAUCCCAUCUGUUAACAGGUAACUGCUUUCUCAGAUAUCCCAGAAGUUUCUGUGUGUGUGCUUGUGUUAAAGCCAAACCAGCUGCAGAGCAUUUAAGAUUUUGUUUUCUACAUCUGGAAAUCCUUAGGCUUUUCAAUGUUCCUAUGGCUUCCAACUCACUUUUACAAUAGAAUCAGAGGACUGCAAAAUUGGAAGAGGCCCUGAGGGUCAUCUAGUCCAAACACUGAAGUACAGGAAUCACAACUAAAGCAUCUAUGACAGAUGGCCAUCCAAAUUCUGCUUGAAAACCUCCAAUGAAAGACAUUCUACUGCCUUCUGAGGGAAUCCAUUCCACUGCCAAAAACUCUAACCAUCAAGAGAGUUAUUCCUAAUGUUUAAUUGAAAUCUCCUUUUUUCUAACUUGAAUCCAUUGGUUUGGGUCCUACCCACUGGAGCAGCAGAAAUCAACUUUGAUCCAUCUUCAAUGUGCCAGCUCUUUAGAUAACUUGUUAAUAUCAUCAAGGGAUGUGGGUGGCGCUGUGGGUUAAACCACAGAGCCUAGGACUUGCCGAUCAGAAGGUCAGCGGUUCGAAUCCCCACGACGGGGUGAGCUCCCGUUGUUCGGUCCCAGCUCCUGCCAACCUAGCAAUUUGAAAGCACGUCAAAGUGCAAGUGGAUAAAUAGGUACCACUCCGGCGGGAAGGUAAACGGCAUUUCCGUGCGCUGCUCUGGUUUGCCAGAAGCGGCUUAGUCAUGCUGGCCACAUGACCCGGAAGCUGUACGCCGGCUCCCUCGGCCAAUAAAGCGAGAUGAGCGCUGCAAGCCCAGAGUCAGCCAUGACUGGACUUAAUGGUCAGGGGUCCCUUUACCUUUACUAAUAUCAUCAAGUUGUUAUUGUUGAUACAGUAAUCAGAAACGCAAUAUUCAAAAGCUGUAAAUAAGCUUGGAUGAAAGGAGACUGCAAUGUGAAACCACUGAAUUAAAAUACAUCAGGAUUUCACUUGUGGAUUGAACCCAAACCCAAAUGAAGACAAUUAAUUUUUAGCACAUGAUAUGUGUUAAUUGGCUUACAUAAUUACAUUUGCCACUUUUCUGCAUUUCCCUCUGACCUCACUUUUUACAGCUUCUUCCCUCACACCAACCAAAAAACAACAACAACCCCAUGUGAUACUCAGGAUAACACUUCAUGCAUCUGAUGAACCGGUGGACUGUAGUUCACAAAAAGUUAUGGCAUAAAAAGUUGCUAGCCUUUUAAGAUGCCACAAGACUCAAAAGACUAAUGCUGCUCCUCUGGAAAUCGUUGUAACUUGUUCACUGUCCUGUCUCAGUUUGUGUGGGUCUCAAGGCCUGUUGAAACUAGAAGGCAGCGAAAAAAGAGGAAGAAACUCAAGUUGCUUGAAGGAAAAUACGUUUGAGGCCUGACGUGUUUUAGAACAAUACUUCCUUUGCGUCACUAUAAAUAUAUAAAUAAUACAAGCAUUUAUCUAGUAAAACCAAAUAAAAAUAGAACACCUAAAACAAGGCAAGUCUUACAUCUUCCUCAUUACAGUAUUGGUUUUCUAAUUGUUUUCCAUACUUAAGAGGUUAUCUCAUUUUUACCCCAAAUCUGUACUGGUAGAAUGGCUUAGGAUGACACAGAAGUGUUCAUCUGCUUGGUGCUAUUUUUUCACUUCUCUCAGUUUAAUAUAGUUACACGCUCCCAAGCUAAGAGGAGUUGUCUCUCUUUUGGAGACUUCUUUCUUUUAACGCCCUCUUUCUUUUGGAGACUUCACAGACAGAUGUACAACAGAACACAAACGGAGGCAAACAUGCACUCUGACAACACAGCAGCAGAUCUGAUACCCCCUAUCAGAUUGGGAAUGUGCUCCCAAACCCAACCGGGGCUUCAUGCUGGUUUCCUGCCAAAAAUGCCUCCCUCCCUCCGCUGCUAUUUUCUCCCAAAGGGACUGUAUGCAGUAAAUAACACCUUCGGUGGCAAAGGACUGGUGGGGCAUCAUUAUUUGCAAGAAGCUGGUGCAGGGCUGCUCUCUACUUUGGAUCUAGGCCCCAGAGCUACCUUUACUUCGACAAUAAAAGGUGCUAGUUUAAGGAAGCUUUUUUAAAACAAAACAAAACAACAACCAAUAUUAUCAUAUUGCGUAACUUGGGCCAUGUGAUAUAAAAAAGUGACAUUUUUAUUCCUUACAGGCCAGAAAGAGACCCAAAUUGUACAGUGGGAUGAACUAAAUAAAAUGCAAUGGAGAAAAGGGGUAAUACUGGAAUGGGGGAAAGGAUGGGAAGUAAUAAUGGCACAGAUUGAGUAAGGUGCUAUUGAAUAAAGGGGUACAAAUUAAUAAAAUAGGUGGUUUUUUUGUUUUUGCCUUCCCCUUUGGUCCUUUCUCCUUUGCCUCUGGCCCUACCUCUUUGGCCCUCAGAAUAUUGGCCAGGUUACUAUUUAUGCCAGGUAAAGAUUUGGCUGCUAAAUUUCUCUAUGCUGGGCUAAUAUUAAAGGUAUCACAGUGACAGUAGCAUUGGGUCCAGAGAGCUCAUCAAUUUGAAUUGCACAGCUCUCUUUCGAAGGAACCACAUAGUGACAUACAUUUCAGGGGUAUUGCAGAGAUGAAUCAGUUUGUGUUAAUGACACUUCUAGAACAUUUGAGCUACAAAAAUGCUAACAAAGCAUGAAUAAGAUUAUUAAGCUGUUUGCAGGCUGUGGUCAAUGCUGGCAUCUGAGAACAGGCUCUUGUGAAAGGAAUCAUUCACUGUUCCUCAUUUCACAAGCUACUUAUCUCUGCAAUAUUCUCCCCCAUGGCUAGUUCAACAAGUCCAUGGUUCAUACAUGCAUGUACAUCACUUGAUAUCUGAAUACUCUUGAUGAACUGAUUCCAUGGAAAAGUUGUGUUUUUAGAUAGUGUGAAAUAUGCAGUGGCGUAGCAUGGGUUGUCAGCACCCGGGGCAAGGCAAGUAAUUUGCGCCCCCUAACCUGUGGAUUUUAGCAGGGGGCAGAGAGCUCCGAGUGCGAGCACGCCCCCCCAGAUGUUGCGCCCAGUGCGGCCGGCCCCCCCUGCACCCCCCACGCUACGCCACUGGAAAUAUGCCAUUUCACAGCUAACUUGUUUAUACAUGCAGCUGUCAAGUGGUGUGUAUUCAUGCAUGAACUAGACCUAAACUAAAUCAUGUCAAAUCAAAUGAACUGCAUACUCUUUUAUCUAGGUAUCUAGGGAUGGAAAGUUGUGCCAGUUUCGGUUCUCUCAAUUUCCAUGUUUCCCCCCACCUUAAAUUCAGUUCUCUACUUUUCUGCAGCUUACUCAUUUUUAAAAUCCUCAUGAAAAUUCUUCCACAUUUUAGUGUAAAUUUCUCCAAAUAAGCACAUUUGUAGUGCAGUUUUGGCUCAUAUACGUAUUUUUGCAAGCAGUUUCUUCAAAUAUAGUGCAUUUUACAUGUUAUUUUCACUAAUAUAAUCAUUUUUAUACACACUUUUACCAAUGCAUUUUUGUAACCAUUGGUUAAAGAACUGCAUCACAAAAUCUGAAUAUGUGCAAAUGACAAAGGAUGACUCUUUUUUGGUUCUCAACAUUGUUUCAGAAAGUUCAACAUUUGUUAGCUUCACCUUUAAAUGUGAACUAAAUCAAAUUCUUCCCCCAUCCCUAAUUUGAAACUGAAGAAUCAUGUAUUAGCUUUGGCUUCUGGCAUGUGGGUUUAAUUAGCUACUCAUACAACUAUUCUGGGGACGCAGGUGGUGCUGUGGUCUAAACCACUGAGCCUAGGGCUUGCCUAUCGGAAGGUCGGCGGUUUGAAUCCCAGUGACAGGGAGAGCUCUCGUUGCUCGGUCCCUGCUCCUGCCAACCUAGCAGUUCGAAAGCACAUCAAAGUGCAAGUAGAUAAAUAGGUACCACUCCGGUGGGAAGGUAAAUGGCGUUUCCAUGCGCUGCUCUGGUUCGCCAGAAGUGGCUUAUUCAUGCUGGCCACAUGACCCGGAAGCUGUACGCCGGCUCCCUUGGCCAGUAAAGCGAAAUGAGUGCCACAACCCCAGAGUUGGUCACGACUGGACCUAACAGUCAGGCGUACCUUUACCUUUACAACUAUUCUAUUCUGGUGAACAUUAUAAUAUAUGAGAGAACAAUUAAUACAAUCCUGUAGAUUAACUUCAGUGAGACCUGAAGAUAUUAUCUGAUGCAGCUGAAGGGAUCCCCAAAUGGGGAUGGGUUUUUUCUAAUUUAAUCUCAGAAGUAUGAUCCCUGGUCUGCUGCAGCAAAAAUAACAGAGUCGUAGGACACGUUAAAAGCAAAGAAACACAUUGUGUUACGUUACAUUCUGUGUUAUUUAUGUACUGCUUUGGAGCCCAAAGUGGUGAGCAGACCAUCACGGCAAAAGAAAAAUGCAACAUUAAAUAAAUCAAAACAAUAACAAAAUCUACAUUCAUGAGCUGCAUUCCUGUUCUUACCACAGAUGGAGCUACCUACAAUGCCACCUUUCAUAUAAAAGCUGGGUAAACUCACACUCAACAUACCCUACCCACUCCAGUCUCUCAUGUAGGAGCAAGCCCACCCACAAACAAUUGCCUGAUGGAAGUGGCCUUGCCCUCAUCACAACCCAUAGGAGAAAACCAAAUGAGAACUUUCCCUUUUGGUCUCCUGCCUUUAGGAGCCACCCCACUGAGUGACCCACUGCCCCCUAACAGCCUCCAAAUAAAUAUGGUUCUCCCUGGAAACAGCUACAGCUCUGACUCUUGUUCUUCAAGGGUGGAGUAGCUGGCAAAAAAACAACAACCAUCUGGCUCCUCAAUAGAUUGCUGUUCUCCAGGUGCAGCAAUAAGUAACCAAACCAACCCCUGUGUUGCAAAGAGAACAUCAGCAAUGUCUAGGCAACACGAUGACUAUGUACAUACGCAAUAGACAAUCUUUAUAGAAUUCCUUCAAACCAUAACAAGCACAAAAUGAAAUCUUCCGGAUAUUGACUACUGUUUCGUAAAAUUCUUUGUCAGCGUGGUGGGAGGAUAUAGAAUUGCUUUUACAUUAUUACAUGAGCACUGUUCCACAGCAUUUGAUACUUUAAUUUACAUACAUUCAUUCGAUAUAAGAUGGGUUUAUGAAGCAAUUCUAUAUCUUCCCACCAUGCUGACAAAGAAUUCUACGAAACAGUAGUCAAUAUCCAGAAUCACUGUUCAGUGUUGGACAUCAUAUUUGCUGAAUAUACAAAGCUUUACAGCUUGUCUUUCAUCGUACAAAGUCUGGUACCUCAAUUCAUUUAAAGAUUUUUAGAUACUUUGAGACUAAAGAUUUCAUCUUGCACUUGUUAUGGUUUGAAGGAUUUCUAUAAAGAUGGUCUAUUGCGUAUGUACAUGGUCAUCGUGCUGCCUAGACAUUGCUGACGUUCUCCAGGUGCAGCAGAAAAGAGCCAAGGAAGCUAAAGUUGAUAUCCACAUCCCAGAGAGCAAUAGUCCUGUUGUUGCUAUUGUAUUGUCUCUGAAUGCAUGGCAGUCCCCAAAUAAAAGCAGACACAGUCACAGAUUAGUCUCUGACUCACAAAUCAGACUUUAAUCUGUGAGAACGUUUCCCAUAACUUUGAAAACCAAAGUUGUGCAAGAGGAAAGCAGCUCAUGCAAUUGAACUUUCGUGUCCCUUCCUUCCCCCUAAACCUCUCCUCAACAGCAGAGGCUCUGGUGCAGCUGCGGCUGUAUUUGAGAAGUCACCUAAAAUUAGAUGGAGCAUUGUCAGGAAACAAUGUGGCAACCCUAAUCAGUGCAUAGCUAAUAAGGGCACAAUGAGAUGUUAGACCCUUUUAUAUAGGGAAAGGGAAAGGGACCAGGGUGUGGAAGCAGCAUAAUUUCCUGUAUGGCCUGAAAUGUAAAUAUAAUGACAAGUUGUUUAUUUCCUGUUAAGGGACAAAAGAAGUCACGUCUUUUAACAUUUUUACAUGAAUAUUGUGGGGUGUUGUUUUUUAUUCUCCAGCAAAUAUUCUGCAUCUGCCUUGUACGUGGAUUUGUCUCUGUUGGCAAAGAACAUCCUUGAAACCAGAAUCUUCUCUCAGCGUCCAGCCACUCUGAUUAAGGACUUUUUUGUGCCCUUGAAGGAAUAUUUUAGGACAUUUCCAUAA